AUGAAGUUCAAGACGUUCAAAAGUAUGGUGGAGAAAGGGUCAGGAGCGACUAUAGAAACGUUUAGAACAGAUAGAGGUGGAGAGUUUGUGUCAAAAGAGUUUAACACGUUUUGUGAUAAUGUUGGGAUCAAACUACAUCUCACAGCCCCAUACACUCCACAGAAAAACGGAGUUGUGGAGAGACGAAAUAGGAGACUAAUGGAGAUGACAAGGAGCAUAAUGAAGCAUAUGCAUGUUCCAAACUACUUGUGGGGAGAAAAAACAAGACACUCAACUUAUCUGCUCAAUAGGACAGCUACAAGAACGCUCAAAGAUGGAACACCAUAUGAAGUUUUCCGAGGAAAGAAACCGAGUAUAGAACAUCUCCGAAUCUUUGGUUGUAUCGGUUAUGCAAAAGUAGAGACACCAUACUUGAAGAAGCUAGAUGACAUAUCACACAUGCUUGUACAUCUAGGAACAGAACUGAACUGGGUUCAAAAGCGUAUCGUAUGUUGA